UACUUCCUGUAAAAAUAUAAAUAGCCAGUAGCCAUUGCACACGAAACUUAGUCAUCUGUACCAAAAUAGAUCAGGAGAUUCGACUAUGUCAGAGAAAAUAUUAGAUCAAUAAGUUUUUGCUUUUUUUUUUAAUUGGAACUUAACUCUGUGAAAGAUGGAUAAGCAUCUGUUCAAUUUAAAGUUUGCUGCUAAAGAUCUUGAGAGACAAGCCAAAAGAUCAGAAAAAGCAGAGAAGGAUGAAAAACUGAAGCUUAAAAAGGCUAUUCAAAAGGGUAACAUAGAAGGUGCUAAGAUUCAUGCAGAAAACUCUAUAAGACAAAAAAAUCAGGCAUUAAAUUAUCGUCGGAUGAGUGCCAGAAUAGAUGCUGUAUCUGCUAGAGUUCAAACAGCAUUGACCACACGUCAGGUGACCAACUCAAUGGCUGGUGUAGUCAAAUCAAUGGAGGCAGCUAUGAAAUCAAUGAAUCUUGAAAAGGUAUCUCAGCUAAUGGACAGGUUUGAACAGCAAUUUGAAAAUUUAGAUGUACAGUCACAGGUAAUGGAAAAUACAAUGAUGAAUUCAUCAACACUUACCACACCUCAGAAUCAAGUGGAUGCACUCAUGCAGGAAGUUGCAGAUGAGGCAGGGUUGGAGUUAAAUAUGGAUUUACCCUCAGCGCAAGGUUCAGCUAUAGGAGCAACAGGAUCAACACAAGCUUCAGCUGAACAGGAUGAAUUAUCUCAAAGACUGGCUAAGCUGCGUCAGAUGUAAAUCAAAGUAUCACGUUUAGCAUUUUCAAUUCUAUUCAUCUCCAACAAAACUCAUUUCAAAACUAUAAUUAUACUUUUUUUUUCCUCCAUCUAUCUUUCUACAAAUUCAGAUCUUUAAGCUACAUAUAAGGCUCUAGAUUCAGCUGUGGAGCUUGUGAAGUUAAGCUUUAUUAGUCAACUUUAAUCUUGCUUUACUAAUACAGAAACUUUUGUGGACUAGAGUUAAGUUUUAAUUCUACAAAGUUAUAUGUACUGUCUAGUUUAAACUUUCCAUGUAGGUGUAGCUGGGUUGCAUCCGUUUGUAAUAGUCAUAACAUGUAUUAGUAAUAGCUCCAAGUAUCAUAGUUUUGGAGUAUAGUAGUUUUUCCAUCAAGAUUAAGUGGAGUUGUUGUUUUUUUUAUAUAAAUUUCAAAAUGGGCAGAAUUUCUAACAGUUUGACAUUUCUUAAAAUUACAAUUAGUAUGCAGUUUCCAACUGUCUCUAAAUUGAAUAUAUUAAGAAUGUAAAACUCAUUGUUUCUGGAUUCUUCUAGCAUGCAGACUAUACCAAAAGAUUUGUGCCUAAUAGGCUUUUUUUAAACUAUCCCUUCUUUUUUUUAACCCUGUAUUGUGUUUUAUCUACUUAGAAUACUUGGGAUCCACUGUUUUCAGACUCCAUACACAUCUGUAUUGUUAUUGUGUCAAAGAACAUUUCUGUCUGGUCUCUGAUCAGUUCCAAUGAGCUUGUAUAUAGUUAGGGCAUGCUUGUAUGUUAAUGUCGGAAUGGCACAUUUCUUUCCUAGCAUAUUUCAUUUUGUAAAUAUUACCAUGGAGAAAUCAACAUGAAAAAAGUAUUGCAAUUCUGGUAUGUCAAGGGCAAUUUCAAUACUUGUCAAACAUUUUCAUACUAAGGCCUGAGUGAAACUAUGUUGUAAAAUAAUUCCUUGCUGAAAGGAAUAUAUAAAAAGUCUAGAAAUGCUUAGGCCUGUAGUUGUCAGCAGUAAAUGACAACACAUAAUUGAAGAUAUGAGUGUGGACCGUGACUGGUGUUUUUUGUCAAUGCAUUUUUUUAACAAAGAAAAAAAAACUUGAUACAAUAGAA